UCUUGAAUUUUUAUUCUCUAUUUGCAUCGCGUCCCUUUUUGAUGACGGGGAAUGAAUGGUAACCUUGGAGAGGUCUACGUCUCUGAUCGAGAAGGGUGUGAUACGGCAGGAGAUGGCACACCGGAGAAGCCAUACAAAACUGCUUUGCAGGCUUUGGUAGCUGCUGGAAAGGAACCGUUUCCUACAAUUUAUGUGGACUCACAAAAAGAAGGCCAGAGAUGGGAAACUAUUUCCAAAACUCAGUUCAAGAAUGUCAGAAAACUCUGGCAGAGGGAAAAACAGAAGAGUGAAGCCAGAGAAAAGAAAGAUGCAGAAGACCAGUUGCGCCGUGAAAAGAACUUGGAAGAAGCCAAGAAGAUUAUCAUUAAGAAAGAUCCUAGCAUCCCAGAACCCAAAUGU